AGGAAGUCGAUCUAACUUACGAAAGGGACUUUAUCUGCUAAGAGAAGAUUUUUUUUCAAAAUAAAUAAUAAGGAGCCAUGGAGAUAAAAAACACGCGGCCUCUUUUCCCUUGGUACAAGGAGAGGCUGCAGACCAAGUAUCUUAAAGUCUCAACAAACAAGAUUACCUCAGUCAGCAGUUGUUGCUGUUUAGUAAACGUGAGCCUGGAUGACUUCAGGGUCGGACCUUCAGUCUUAUCUAAGCGGAGUGUCCCAAAAGAGCACGCCUGCUUCUCACGCCAGAUGAUCCAAAAGCAGAUUCGCAGAGAAUACGUGAACGCUGUGGAGGAGAAGCUCAAACAGCAUCCAUUAGUUCUGCACCCCCAUUAUAGGGACCACAUGAUCCCGGAGUUAUUUGAGAAGGUGGUAUCUGUUCUGGACCCAGACAUGUGCGUAAUCAGCGCCUCUUCACUUCCUACGCCUACUGCAGACCAUGCAGAAGAGGAAGAAGAGGAAAACUGUGCAGCGCCGAGAAACAAGGACGUGAUCAAGGCAAAACAAGGAGCAACAGCCAAUAAAAUGCAAGUAUAUUGGAAAUAUAAAUAG